AUGGAUUUUACUGUCAUACGUGUAAUAUUCCUAUUGAUUUUAGGUAUGUUUAUCAGUCACUUUCUUGUUUAAUGUUUGUCUAGUAUAUAUUAUAGUAGUUAUAGAGUGAGUACAUCAGCCUAUAAUUUCUUAAACAUUUAUUGAAGAAUUGUAAAUAAUUUUAUACAUUAGUGUUGAGUUUGGAAACGUAAACUGAAUAAAUACCUUGCACUCACAGUUCAUGUAAGAAAUAAUGUAUGUGUACUUUGUAUAACACUUUAAUGGGUUGUUUGUAUAUUUUCUUUUAGACUUGUUAGCAAUAUAUUAUAUGCCACAGCUAAACAGUAUAACAUAGUGUGUAUAUAGAGGAGUGUAUCAUUCUCCCACUCACUCACUCACUCUUUCUCAAUCUCACACACUCAAUCUCACUCACUCUCUCACUCACUCUCACUAACUCUCAUUCUCUCGCUCUCAACCUCUCAAUCUCUCACUCUCAAUCUCUCACACUCUCUCACUCACUCUUUCACUCACCAACACUCACUCUCUCUCAAUCUCACAUGCACACUCUCUCAUUCACUUACUCUCAGUGAACAGAUUUGUGAAUUUAAAAUGCAAAAAUAAUCAAUACAUAAAUAUAAAUAAAUGGACAGUCCCUAAGCCUAUAUUCACUCAAUGCCAUUCCUAGCAAAAUCGGUCUAUCCCCCCCAAAAAAGUACCUUUUCAGUCGGUGAUUUCCAAAGGUGUCUCAUCCUAUAUGCAACAAAUAAAAUACUCUCAACUGGGAAGGUCAUGACAAAUAUUUAGAAUUCAGGUAGGGCUGUGAUGCUUUUCUGUAAAAAUUAUUUUAUACACAUAUAUUCUAUUGCAUUGUCAUUUACUGUAAGGGCUGCAUCAUUUUUUUGAUUUUCAUUUGAAAUUUUGUUUCAAAGUAAAUAUAUACAUUUCUCUAAAAACAAAUGCCCUGUAUUUCCUACGGCAGCUGGAACUGUCCUCUCUUCUGAAGAUGAAUCCCGGUUGAUUUCCGACCUAUUUAAAACCUACAACAAGGUCGUUCGUCCUGUUCAUAAAUUUAAAGAUAAGGUUGUGGUAACAGUUGGACUUCAGCUUAUACAACUCAUUAAUGUGGUAUGAACAAUAAAACUCCAUUAAUAUUUCCCCUACAAGGCUUCAUGUAUGUGUUAUAUUGAAUAUUAUGUGCCAAUAAUAUUUUUACAUUUUUUUUUUUUUUUUUUAAGGAUGAAGUAAAUCAAAUCGUAACUACUAAUGUUCGUCUGAAACAGGUUGGUGGCAUAAAGUUUUUUGAAGAAUGUAGUUUUAAUGAAAAACUUUAUACAGCUUCUAAAUAAAAACCAGCAGACAAAAUAUGUUGUUGGGCAAGGUUUAGAAUUUGCUUGAAUUAGCAUGUUUAAAGGACCACUAUAGUGCCAGGAAAACAUACUCAUUUUCCUGGCACUAUAGUGCCCUGAGGGUGCCCCCACCCUCAGGGUCCCCCUCCCGCCCGGCUCUGGAAGGGGGGAAGGGGUAAAAACUUACCUUUUUCCAGCGCUGGGCGGAGAGCUCUCCUCCUUCUCUCCUCCUCCGUUCCGCCCCGUCGGCUGAAUGCGCACGCGCGGCAAGAGCUGCGCGCACAUUCAGCCGGUCACAUAGGAAAGCAUUUACAAUGCUUUCCUAUAGACGCUGGCGUGCUCUCACUGUGAAAAUCACAGUGAGAAGCACGCAAAUGCCUCUAGUGGCUGUCAAUGAGACAGCCACUAGAGGCUUUGGGGUAAGGCUUAACCCAUUAAUAAACAUAGCAGUUUCUUGGAAACUGCUAUGUUUAUAAAAAAAUGGGUUAACCCUAGAAGGACCUGGCACCCAGACCACUUCAUUAAGCUGAAGUGGUCUGGGUGCCUAGAGUGGUCCUUUAACAAUUUAGGGCCUGACAAAAAAGCUUAGUUAGAAGAAUUUCUCUGACUUACAAUGAUUAUACCGAGUAGGGGUUAAUGUAUUAUCAUUUUAGUUUUUUAUUUCUUUUGCCAUUUUAGUUUUUGGACACAUAGUGGGCCUAAACCAUCAUCAGUGCCUAAAGCAGAACUGUCAUUUCACUUCCUGCACCCCCGUUAAAUGCUAUUGAUGCGCGGGGUGGGGAUUGGGGGGGUGAAUACUUUUGCAUAGAUAUGUAGCAAAAUUACAGAAGGGGUGUGUGAUGUUAGACUGACUGAAAGCCUCCUGGCCAGACACAAUUCAGCACAGUGCAAGCACAUUAUUAAACAUUUUUUAAGUGCUCUGUACGUGCUCGUAGAGCCCCCAGCACUGUGCAAGCGUGUCUAAUGAUGCAUUGGUACUGUACUGAAUGACACACGGUAAACAAACUGAGAACAGAAGCCAAAAUAAGGACUGUCCUGCUAAACUCAGGAUAGUUUGGAUUUUUGGAAGAAGUGUCAUGCAAGUGCUUGCAUUCCUAAACAUUAAUUUGAUAGUGCAAUAGACACAUAUGCAGGCACGUUCCUCUGAAAUAUAUUCCUAAAUAUACAUUGUGAUAAUGCAAGAGAUGAUAAAUGCAAAGCUAUAGUUAUUUUAUAUGGGGAAUGUAUUUCUAAGCUUCCAGUGCUGAGGGGUUGAUCUCCCAAACACAAAAUGUUUCCUACAGCAGCUAAGCAGACACCUGCCAGCUCCCAAUUGACUCGUGUAGCAGACAUUGAGGGAUGCCAUGUGUAGAAUUUCUUUGGCCACACCAUGUAUUCACAGUGGCCAUCUUGAAGGAGGCUGAAGUAAUCUUCUGGUAAUUAUAUCUCUUAAUCUCAAUGGAAAUUUUAUCAGUACAGAAUAUAGAUUAAAUAUAUACAUAUAGAUAAAGGAUGAAGAUAAAGUGCAUUUAAUCUUCUUAUAAUGCUAAAAAAAAAAAUCAGAAAAUAAAUGUUUUAUUGCAAUGGAUUUUUAUUUAACCCCUUAAGGACACAUGACAUGUGUGACAUGAUUCCCUUUUAUUCCAGACGUUUGGUCCUUAAGGGGUUAAUCAAAAGAGUAUUUAAUUUUUCAUAUAUGUUAAGAAAUAGUUUUGCUAUUUUACUGAUAAUUUGACAACUCUGUACUAUCAUUUUUAUAAUUGCUCAGCAAUGGGUGGAUGUAAACCUGAAAUGGAACCCAGAAGACUACGGAGGAGUAAAGAAGGUCCGCAUUCCAUCUAGUGAUAUCUGGCGGGCAGAUUUAGUUCUUUACAAUAAGUAAGUCCAUUGGAUUGGAAGUGUAGACAGGUACUAGUGUUUAUAAAGUGCAAUUAAUUAUUAAUCAUAGAAAAUGUGUAAAAAAAAUAGCAGCUGGUGUAACCUUUCCAAAUACACCAAAAAGUAGCAAAUCGAUAAAAAAAAAUAAAGUGCAGCGCUUUUCAAUGAAAUAAUCUGGUAUAUCUAUACUUUUACCAAUUCGACAGAUUUCAUGUGAUAUAUCCAAGUUUCCUAAAAACAUAAAUGAUACAUCAUAGUGUAGUAUAAUUAAAAUCCGUGAGUAUAUAUAAGAAUAGGAACACUUACAAGCAGAGAGCUAUUAAACCUAGCUCAGGUGGAAAUUACAUUCGGGUCCGUUAAGGCGACCCAUCCCUGGUUUAGGAUGUCUUGCUUCACCAGUCCUAAUGUAGAUAUAUUAAACAGGAACAUAGAGUAGCACAGUAUUGUUCGAUAUGAAUAUAAGAGUAAGUCAAUUAGAUACUCACAAGUCUGGAGCCUAUGUAUGGCUCUAUUAUAACACCAAAGAAAAAAGUUACCUGCGCUCUUUCCAAAUCCCUAUGUAUUUUUAAACAAAUGGAGGUUUUUAGUUACCUCCAAUGGCCAUGAGAGGGUAUGCCCACCUGCCACGUCAAGGCAGACCUCUUAGGUGGGUCCUACUCUAACCAUUUGCCUUGCUUCCUUGAGCUUCUGGCAAAAAAAUCUCUAAUGAGACAGAAAGGAGUAUUUUUUAUAUACAUGCUACAUGCUUAUUAACCCCUAAUAUGGAACACAUGGGAUAGGCAGCAGUAGUGGGUGCUGUGAGUGUUAGGGGUGCAGUGUGUGUGACUGCCAGUAGGUGUCUGAUGUAGUGCGGCAGUUCACCCGGUGAGAUUUCUGCGGAGAUGCCCUUAUUUUUAUGUUUGGGCGCCGUUGACGUUCUUCCAUGGCUGUCAUCUGUGCAGUCAUGGCUCUCUGGUGUGUCCAGACUUACUGUACUGAGUCUUGGAGCACGGACAGGUGACACUGUAGGUCCGUUAUGUCUUUUUCGGAUGCCUGUACUCAUUCUGUGAUUGCUUUCACAUUUUUCUUGAUGAUAGCUAGUUCCACUGCCAAAAUUUUGUGAACGCCUGACAGCAAUACUUUCAAGUCAUGCCUGGUGAUUGGUGUCAUGUCAGUGUAAUUUUCAGGCUGCGGUGGAUGCUUUAUUUGAGCGUCCAGGGAGGUCUCCGGCUCAGUAUGCUCAGGUUGAUGAGUGUGGGUAAUGGAGUGCAGGGUUUCCGAGGGAGCCAUUUUAGGUUGUGUGGGCCUGUGUAGCCUAGCCCCGAAGUCCCUGCUGUCUGCCACGGUUUGCGGUUUCUGUGAGUGGUGGCCCAUGGCUGGCAUGUGGGCAGGCGGACCAGACUUCAUAGGGGAAGAUUCUUCCCUCUCUCUUCUCGCCGCGGUGCCGCUAAAGAGUGCCUCCAGGCCUGGAAGUGUCAGCAUGGGGUAGGCCCCUAUUUCCGCCUCCGCUUAGGCUGGUUGGAAGCCACAAAGAAUGGCAUCUAUGCUUCAGGAUGUAUUGAGGAGACUUGCUGGUAACUUUUUGGAGCUUAAUUGGCUUGUAAUUUGGAGAUAUUCAGUGGAUUAUGGCUUUUGCAGAGGAGCAGGCAAGCAUAGCGUCUGUUCAGGUUGAUGGUCAAGCCAGAAAAUCAUUUUUAAUCCUUAACAAUUGUUGUUCAAAGGUUUCUAUAUCUGUACAAUUUCCACUGACCCUUAAAAACUGCCCUCUAGGGGCAUUCUCCAGCUAAGGGGCAAAAUGGCAGCUGAGUCUCUGAAUGAAGCUAUUUGAUUUAACUGGUUUAAAAUGAUUCUUAGUUUCAAUAAUCUCAUUUUCCACAUAAAUAUUUAAACUUAAAAAAACUACCUUUUUGCACUCCAAGCACUAGUUAACUAGUUAGUAUUGAUGAAAUUCAGAAAAUCAUUUAAUUCCUCUACAUUUCCUUUCCAGAUAAAAAAAAAGGUUGUCAAUGUAACGGCCAUAGGUGACGAAGUUAUGCUCGCAGUCAUGGUGGAUAUAAAUAUAAAAUUCUUCCCAAUGUGCCAUAAAAAUAUUGGCAUAACUGGGAGCAAACUUAGUCCCCAUAACUGUUCCAUUGACUUGUAGAAAGAAUUCUUCCUUAAAUUAUAAAAAAAAAUGGAGGACUAUAUACACCUAACCUCCAAAAAAGGUGGAGUAUAAAUUAUAAGUCCUGCAGCUGUAAAGUUUCUGUCAAACAAGAAUAAAGUCACAGUUAAUGCCAAAAAUUCUUAAUUAAAGAGUUACUCCAAGUACCAUGACCACUUCAGUGGUAUUGAAAGUCAUGUUGCAGUUUUUGCGGAUGGCAGACUCUGUAAUGUAUUACAAUGUGAGCAGGAUAUUACUUUACUGCAGAGGGAUUUAGAUAGAUUGAGGAACUGGGCACUCAAAUGGCAGAUACAAUUUAAUGUAGAAAAAUGCAAAGUUAUGCACUUCGGGGUAAAGCAUGCACAAGAAACUUACACCCUAAAUAGUAGUGAAUUAGGGAUAACAACACACAAGAAGGAUUUGGUCAUUGUUAUAGACAACAAACUAGGCAACAAUGUGCAAUGUUAUUUGGCAGUUGCUAAGGCCAGUAAGGCAUUGUCAUGUAUAAAAAGGGCAUUAAUUCUCAGGAUUAAAAUAUAAUUUUAAUCUCUUUAUAAGUCAAUGGUAAGACCACACAUUGCUCACCCAUGCAAUCACAUUAUAGGAAGUGUAGUUAAACAACACUGGUAGAACUCCCCGUUUCCCAUCUUUGAUAAGGCCCUGUAAAGAGCUCUAUGUUUUUCGAAACUGUUAAGUGAAAAUUGUACCUUCAGAAAUCAUUCAAAGCUAUUCAACACUAUUUUUUGUUUUCCUGUAGCGGUGAUGGUGACUUUAAUAUCGCCCCAGUAACUAAAGCCCUUCUGGAUUACACUGGAAAAAUUACAUGGACACCUCCAGCCAUUUUCAAAAGCUACUGUGAAAUGAUGGUCACGCAUUUCCCAUUUGACCAGCAGAACUGCAGCAUGAAACUCGGCACAUGGACCUAUGACGGCUCAUUAGUGGUUAUAAACCCGGUGAGUAAUUUUUGGAAUGAUUCAUGAACAAAUUUCAGAAAUUUGCAGGAAGGGGUAAAGGAGGUCACCUCCUCAAGCUAUAACUGCUACAACCACAGUUGACAAUAGGAAGCAACAAUACUCCACUAGUGUAAAGUUGUAAAAGUGAUCUAGUUAGUCACCUCACAAGAAAGUACACGAAAAAAGUCGAUUUGGCAAAGAGGCAAAACUCAGAAACUAACAGAAAAAACAAUCUAUGGCACAAACCAACCAGAUUGGACACCACAGAUAGUCUCCAUAACUCUCUUCCGACCCACCUAGCUAAUUACAAAUGCAUGAGUACCCAAUGUAUAAAUUUUGGGCAAAAAGUUAACACACACAAAUGCGAUCCUAUAUGUAUGUUCGAAAAGCAAACCAAGCUAAUAUACACGCAACUUUUACUCAACCCUCGCCACCCUUUUUCUUUUCUUCUGCAUCCCAACUGCAAAAAAACUUGUCAAAGUCAAAAAAUAACACUAGGGACCUGCAAGCCCAAAUGCUAAUUGAUCGCACUAUUUCAAACCAAUCCUCGCAAUUUCUAAAAACAAUUAUCCCCCAUGUUGUACAAGCCGUAACUAAUACGACAAGGGACCUGCGAGUCCAUCCACAAUCUGGGCUUGAUAUGAUUCACAUUAUCUAAAACACAUCUUCGCAUUUUCUAUGAUUGAUAUUCGCACAUGUUGUGCAUUUGUUAUUGUAUUUCAUAUGUCAAUAGAUACCUGCGAGUAUCACUGUUCCCUAUUUCCUUUAUCUGCAAAACAAAUAAAAAAUCAUAUUUACAAAAACAAAAAAAAGUUGUAAAAGUGAUUGCCAUGGAAACCAAUGAAAUGUUCUUUUGGAACAUAAUUUUAUACAUAAUUUCCCAUGUGUUGUAGAAAUGAUCAAGCUCUAUCAAACAAAUUCCAUGUCAUUUAUGAUCUACCCUUUUUAGUUGCUGGGUUGCAUGUUGCGGUUAGGUAACUGCUUUAUAAGCAGGAGAUGAAGCAAGGUUACUUUCACACCUCACAGAGCUUCCAAUGAUGUUAGGAAGAAGGUAUCAUAAUGGACAUCAUGUCCAUUACAAUAAAACUCAACAACUAAUUUAUACUAGUGACAUGAUGCAAGUGUUGAUUUCUACAAGUAGGAUCGAUUAAUGUGGCUGCCCAUAAGGAGAAACCAAAGAAAACCCUCACGGCAACAUUAAGGAAUUCUAAAAAAAAGAUAUAUGAAUUUUACAUUGCAGGAGAGCGACCGUCCGGAUCUGAGCAGCUUCAUGGAGAGCGGCGAAUGGCAGAUGAAGGACUAUCGCUGCUGGAAACACUGGGUUUAUUAUGAUUGUUGUCCUGACAAACCUUAUCUGGAUAUCACGUAUCACUUCCUCUUACAGCGUCUCCCGCUUUAUUUCAUUGUCAACGUUAUCAUACCAUGUCUGCUUUUUUCAUUUCUAACUGGAUUGGUGUUUUAUCUGCCCACUGACUCAGGUACAAAGUUUCUGGAUGCGAUAUGUGACUCUGUAUGCCAAAACUGAACCAAAAUAUAUUAAGCUGAAAGUCUCAAUAAUUUGAGCACCCUCUGUUACUUUUCAUUACAAGAUAUUUUGUGUGAUGUAUAAACCUAUAUGAAAGUGAUGGUCUUGCUGUGUCUGUAAAAAUGUUGUCGUACUCAGGUUUCAUGCAAAUUCACAGAUUGUUUUGCUAACUAUAUUCUAGUACUUCCAGUGUACAUAAACUUUGAAUUUUUUUUUUUGUGUUUCCAAAUUUGUAGGCGAGAAAAUAACACUCAGCGUUUCUGUCUUGCUGUCUUUGACUGUGUUUCUUUUGGUCAUUGUUGAGUUGAUCCCUUCCACCUCGAGUGCGGUCCCUCUGAUUGGAAAGUACAUGUUAUUUACCAUGACGUUUGUUAUUGCAUCAAUUGUAAUAACUGUUAUUGUAAUCAACACCCAUCAUCGCUCGCCCAGUACUCAUAUUAUGCCUCAGUGGGUAAAAAAGGUGAGUUUCACUCCUGUACUUCAAUUGGUUUUUGUUUGGUUGGUUUUCUUUUUUAGCAAUAUACAGUAGCAUCUGAAUAUAUUGUAGUUCAGUAGCAUCCAAUGGCCAGUCAGCACAAUCUUCUAUAAAAUCCCUGUGAUACUCUUAGUGUACAAUGUUCAAAAAGCAUGUCUCUUAUAAUAAGAACUCAUUAGGUGGUAACUUCAUCUCCUUUUAUCCACGAUGAAUGGUUUGAGUUACAGUUGGAGCUUGCCAAUGUGAAUUCCAAAGUAGGACAUUUGUACGUAUCCAAUUUCAAGAAGUUAACAUGGUUUUAGAAGUAAAUCCUGACCAGGAAAAUUGGGUUGGGGGGCCAGCCUUAGGGGAAUGUGACAUGAUAUUGUAGGAUGCAGACUGAAAAGAAUGGCAGGAGGUGGCUUGACAUUGUGUAGUGCCUCCGAUACAGUGCCAUGAAGUGAUAACCUGGUCUUCUUUAAUCCACGAUGGAUGGUUUGAGCUACAGCUGGAGCUUGCAUUGUAGUGGUCAAUUAUUGAUCCAUGGCCUGAUCACAUAAGGCACAAACUAAGAUGUAUGGAAGCAAGUGGCGUGAUAUUGUGUAAUGAGACUGUGCCUCCGACACAAUGUCAUGUUCCCAUUCUUUAAGCUCUCCGCAUAACUCCUGUUUUGUGCUGUCAAGGAAGGGACGGCCAUUGUACAGUUCGGCCACACUAUGAGAGGUGGGGAGAUGGUAAGAGACACAUGGGUUGGAGAGAUAUGAAGAGGGGCAUAGAGAUGGGCACUCACAAUGAGGACAUGAAGGCUAGCAUACAAAGGGAUAUGGAGAGAAAGAUUCACAAGGGGCAUAGAUAGGGGCACACACAAAGGUGCCAUAAAAAGAGGCACACACAAGUGGGGGCAUAGAGAAGGAGCGUGACGCACAAAACAUGAUGGACGGACACACACUGUGACUUCUGUCACCCUAGCAGUUUUAUUAAUGCAUUUUUAAUUAUCAAAAUUGCUUCAAGUGCUAAACUACAUAUACAGUGUCUCUGAUAUGGUUAUCAUUACCUUUGGAAGUAAUGAAAGGACUAGGGUUGGCUGAUAUGUUUUAACCAAUUCCUAGUGUGGUAAGGACUCAUCCUGCGGUUUUAACCAGUUGGAGAUAGAAUCCUGCCAAAUUUUAUAAAUGAAUAUACACAGGAUUCUGAAUGUUUAUUAACUCACUCUUUUGAUAUAGGUUUUUAUUGAGACCAUCCCAAACAUUAUGUUCUUUUCUACAAUGAAACGGCCUUCAGAACAAAAACAAAGGAAGAACAUUUUUACUGAAGAUAUGGAUAUAUCAGAUAUUUCAGGAAAGCUCGGACCCGCAGAAGUGGCUCACCAAUCUCCAGUAUUAAAGAGCCCAGAUGUGAAGAAUGCAAUUGAUGGAGUAAAGUACAUAGCAGAGACCAUGAAUGCAGACAAGGAAUCCAAUAAGGUACAAAUACAAACCUCUAGAAUAAAUAGGUGUCACAUACAAAGCUGGCCAAAUGUCUUAACAAAUUAAUUUUACAUUUUUAAACCAACUCAUUUUUGCACAAUUUGUUAAAAAAAAAUAAUAAAACAGAAGCGUGCAUUGAUAAGGUUUGAAAAAGUGCACAUUAACAAGUAAUCACUCCUUUUAUUAGAAGUAAUUUAGUAGCAAAUAGGUAGUUUUGAGAAAAGUUUGUAACUGUGCAAAUAUAUUCACAAAAUCUUUUUUAGCAAAUGAGGUAAAUUGUGUAGGUUGCUGGCCCUAUAUCUUAAAGAGACAAUAUGGACUCCUGAAGAAACUUAUCUUGUUGAAUGCUUUAUGUGUGAAGAGUGUGUACUCUUUUUUUCAUUUUAUUUAAAGUGCAGAUUGCAUUAGAAAUUGGCACAUUUAUAAAUUAACCCUGUUACACCCCCCAGCUUUUAAGCAGACAACAGGUUCCGUUACUUCCUAGUUGUUUAGUUCAGUGAAGCCAAACUCAAGAGGCAGUAAUUGUCCAGAGCACCUGCCUUGCAUAAACUUCUCAUUGAGCUGCAUUGGGAAGUCUGUGAUUGGACAGUCACAGGAAGUUUGGGUGGGGUUAAAAGAGGAGCACUUUCAAAGGCUGCAGACAAGAGAUCUGCACCAUUUAAAAAAAAAAUUCUUUAUUUUUGGUCAGUCGUUGUGCUACAUUAUACAUACUGUAAUAACACUACGCAAUACAUGCAUCAGUAACAUAGGUAUGAACAUGCUCUGUUUUACAUUAGUAGGUUACUUUGCCUCUGUGGGAAGUUGCUUGCGUACUGACGACUUCAGGUUUAGAUCUGCACCAUUUUAAAGAUGUUUUUAGAUUUACUCCCAAUGAAAACAAAUUUGGGCAGUGGAUUGUCCCAUUAAGUACAGGAAUAUGUUACAUAAAAUAUAAUACGAAUGACAAACUUUUUUUCAUCAAAUUAACUGUAUUACGUACAGUUUCAAUACUUUGGGUAACAGACCUACUUAUGGCCAAGAAAGCAGCCGUUUUACAGGUCUUCAAAAAUAAUCCCUUAUUCACUAUUUUCCGAAGUACCAUAUGUUAUAGAAAUAUAAAUUAAUCUCUCUUUCGUUUGAUUUUAGGGUUCCGAAGAAUGGAGGUUUACUGCCAUGGUUCUGGAUCACAUCCUGCUUUUGGUAUUCAUGAUAGUUUGUAUAAUUGGAACAGCGGCUGUGUUUGCUGGUCGUCUCAUUGAGUUACACAUGCAGGGUUAA